GACCUCUCCGGUUCCAUCAAGACCCCUGUGUACAAAAAUCACGAAAGAACACAAUAAAGCUUCGACUUUCUGGUCGCUCCACACGUUUACAGAUCGAAACCGAAAAGAAAUUGAAACAGAGAAGCAGCCAUGAAGUUCUCCGAUCUCUCCUUAACCCUCGUGAUCGUCUUCUGCUUCGCCGCUUUCUCUCCGUCCUCUGGAGAUGACUGCGUGUACACGGUGUACGUGAGGACGGGGUCGAUCAUCAAGGGAGGCACGGACUCCGUCAUCGGCCUGACGCUGUUCAACGGUUACGACGAGCGGGUGGAGGUGGCGGAUCUGGAGGCGUGGGGCGGGCUUAUGGGCCCGUCCCACGACUACUUCGAGAGGGGCAACUUGGACAUCUUCAGCGGGCGGGGCCGGUGCCUGAGCGGGCCGUUCUGCGCCAUGAACCUGACCUCCGACGGGUCCGGUCCGCACCACGGGUGGUACUGCAACUACGUUGAGGUGACGUACACCGGCGCCCACAUCCCCUGCUUCCAGCAGCUCUUCAAGGUGGAGCAGUGGCUGGCUCGCGACGCCCCGCCGUACCAGCUCAACGCUUUCAGAGACGGCUGUGACUGGUCCGGAAGCAGCGGCGGAAACGGACCUAAUGGCCGUGAGGCCCAUGAUCACGGCCCACUCCGAUCCGCUGCUUAGUACAAUUGUAUUUACUAUUUAGAAUGUAACUGGGGUGAGGUCUUUCUGGAAAGCAGUUUUAUUUUUAUUUUCCAAAUUAUAAAUAAUUACAAAAAAAUAUAUAUCACCUUAUUUUAAAACAA